AUGAACAAGCUUCACUCUUUGUUACGGUUACAGCAGGUUAGUCUGACCAGGUAUAGAACUGUUAGCAAACCUAAGGCUCCUCCUGGUGGUAGAGGGACGUUUGGCGGGAUAUUGGUUUCACAAUCGCUUUUAGCUUCUUUGCAGACAAUUCCGGUAGAUUUCAACCCGAGUUCGUUGCAUUGUUAUUUCCUUAUCGGAGGUAACCCAGACCAUGAUAUCGAUUACGAUGUAGAAUCAUUACGUUCUGGUAAGAAUUUCAUUCAUAAACAGGUAAAGGCGUACCAGUUUGACAAACUGAUAUUCAUUUCGACGAUCUUGUUCUACAGACAACCGGACCCUGAUAAGCUACAUGCGUUGAAUAGACUUGGCAAGUUGCCCAAGUUACCAGAUUUCAAGAAAUUCCGUGAAUCGACACAGUUGUUCGAGAACCAGGUGAUGGGCAAGCUGCCCAAUUUCAAACGUGUAUCAACAGUAUUUCAAGGCUCUGAUGCCGAGACCAAGAAGCUCCGUGAUCGAUUCGAAACAGGUACCGUUGAUUACCGGUUCCCGGACAACUUCUUUGUUAAUGAGUCAGAUUCAGAUGAGUUGGAUUAUUACUUACGUGUGCGUGAGAAUAUACCUGCAAGUGGAGUUCCUGGUUUCUCCCCAAACGCAGAUAUAAGCCCGGAGAAUGAUGUUCGUUUUAACUAUGUCGCAUUUGCGUAUCUUUCUGACUCGUACGUUCUAUUAUCAUUGCCAUUUUUCCAUAAUCUUCCAAUGUAUUCACACAAGUUCAGUGUGUCUUUGGAUCAUACUAUCCAUUUCCAUCAACUCCCCAAGGUAAACGACUGGAUGUUUGCCAAAUUGUUCAAUCCCAGGUCUCAUCAUGAUAAGCAUCUGAUCUUAGGGCAUUAUUACGAGAGAAAGUCCAGGGAAUUGGUUGCCACUAUCUCACAGGAAGGUUUGGUUGCGUACCCAGAGAAACAGACGAUAUUGGCCUUAUUUAAAGGUGAAUCUAAAUUAUGA